AUGUCCAAGAGAGGACGUGGAGGAGCAUCUGGCGCUAAAUUCCGCAUUUCCCUUGGUCUCCCUGUCGGAGCCGUGAUCAAUUGUGCUGACAACACCGGCGCUAAGAACCUUUUUGUUAUCGCAGUAUAUGGAAUUCGUGGAAGGUUGAACAGGCUUCCCAGUGCAGGAGUUGGUGAUAUGUUCGUCGCCUCAGUGAAGAAGGGAAAGCCAGAACUCCGAAAGAAGGUUUUGGCCAAGCUGCUGGCGCUGAAUGACAUCGUCGAGAACCAACCAGAAUACGAUUGA